AACAAAUUUGUCUCGUUCAGUUUUGUUGCAAAAACUGUUUACAAUCGGUUUUGUUUAUUUAAACCACUAUUUAAUCUACUAGUGCUAUGUAAUCUCGGUCAAACUAAUGGAGUAAGGACAAAUAACUGUCAGCGGUAUCAUUUACAUUUUAACGUGGGGAUGGCAACGUCAAACGAAGAACUUGUUCUAUUAAAUAGCACUACAAGUUCGGCCGUCUUAAAUUUUACAGCCACCACAACCACACCCCACACAGCAGCAUUUAAUACUUAUGAAUUUGGGACGGCCCUUGCCGUUGUUGGUAAUAUAUUGAUCGCCAUUUCAUUAAAUGUCCAAAAGUUUGCCCAUCGUAAACGACAAGCUGAGGGAAUUGUGGAAGAUUCAACUUUAUGUGGGAGUAAUAGUUACUUAAGGUCCCCUGUAUGGUGGACGGGAAUAAUCUUGAUGGCUAUUGGGGAGAUUGGAAACUUUGUCGCUUAUGGAUUUGCCCCAGCUUCUGUUGUGGCUCCACUAGGAUGUGUUGCUGUCCUCGCUAAUGGAGGGUUAGCCGUGAUCUUCAAUGAAGAAAGUCUGAGGAUGCGAGACGUGGUUGGAGCAUCGUUUGCGAUCGUUGGAUCUUUCCUCAUCGUGACUUUUUCCAGCAAACCAAAGAUGAUCCUCAACGCACAGGAGUUAACCUCUCAUCUUGGUGGAUGGCAGUUCAUCAUAUAUGUAUUUGUGGAGGUUGUGAUGUUUGGAAUCGUGAUGUUUGUGAAGUCACAUGAUGUGCACAACGUGAUGCUUCAUCUUACGUUGGUCGCCAUACUUGGCUCGUUCACCGUCAUUAGUGCUAAAGCUGUUUCAGGGUUACUUGCGUUAACUAUAGAAGGAAAAAGCCAACUUGAUGAACCAAUCCUCUACAUCAUGGUCGUUAUUAUGAUAGUCACUACUAUAUUUCAGGUGAAAUAUUUGAACGAAGCCAUGAGACUAUACGACAUAGCCACAGUUGUGCCUAUUAACUUCGUCCUAUUCACCAUCAGUGCUAUCUUAGCUGGAACAUUAUUUUAUCAGGUUUGUUAAAUUAUGGCAACAUUUUUCCAACUUUUGCCAAUUGUUUUCAAAGUAGCAGCUGGUUUUGGGAUAAUGAGACAAUCCUGGUUUGAAUCCCAGGACCCAUGGGCCAUGGCUUGCAGUGCUGUGGGACCUCACCAACACAGAAUAUGAAUAUAAGUAACAGCAGAAAGAGUAUGCCCCAUACUAUAUAACCCUUAAACCACAACAAUAAGGGUAAUGGACCACUCCUGGCCUAUAUCGUCUUAUGGCACGCUACGUGACCUUACCCAUAUAGAAUAGUUGAGCUGUUUCAAUAAAAUUCAAGGUUCCUUGUUAUCUUGUUUAUAGUCUUAGCACGUAUUCUUUUAUUUCGUCAACCAAAUUUUCAAUCAAUGUUAAUUAAAUCAUUGAACAAGUGUUGUAGAACCAUUGUGUCACUGAUAUGUUUAUUAUUAAUAAGUAAAUCCUUUCAUGUUUAUGUUUUCAUUUUGCCGCCAACAAGCCAGAAUAUCUCAGAAAUAAAUGGGAUAUUAAUGUUGGUGAAUAUAAAACAUCCUGUUUCCCUGGUUUGCAAUUUGUUUGUUAUAAUGUUUUAGGACCUUCCUGAAUCCUGUUUUAAUUAUUAUACAUUGUUAACUCUGUUGUUAGAUAUCUUGCUUUAAAAAAGAAAGUAUAUCUUCGUACAUAUAUAUAUUUUUUUUAAUUUUAUGAAUUUACAUAUGAUUUUCUGAAAAAAAACAUAUAAAAUUUAGAUUUUAAAGUAAAACAAAACUAUGUAAAUUCCCCGAUAUGAAGUCUUAGUGAAAAUGCCAACAAUUAAAAUCACGAUAGUGAUGUAAAUUACUCUUCUUUAUUGGCACCUCUGGUGUGGUGUAAUGGGCCAACCCUGGUCUGAAUCCUCGGACCUAUGGCGGGCCUUACCUGUCACCCAUAUAGAUACUCAUAUUUGAAA